AUGGCUCCCGGCAACAGCUGUGUGGGGCACGUGGAAGAGGAGAGAUUGCUGGCGAAAGAGAAGAACAAGCUGAGGAAGCCAGUGGUGGAAAAGAUGCGCCGUGACCGGAUUAAUAGCAGCAUCGAGCAGCUGAAGGUCUUGCUGGAGAAGGAAUUCCAGAGACACCAGCCCAACUCCAAGCUGGAGAAAGCUGACAUCUUGGAAGUGGCCGUCAGUUACUUGAAACAGCAGCGGCAAACUCAGGGCCAAGUUUUCAGCCAGAAGAAUCCAGAACUCGAUUUUAACACCGGAUACUUGCGAUGCUUGAGGGAAACAUUUAAUUUCCUCUCCUAUUGUGAACCCAAGCGGGAAACACAGACCCGGUUGAUUAAGCACUUCUGCAAAGUCCAUGUGAUCACAGACAACACACGCCCACCUGCUUUGGCCACGUGUUGCCAGUCGGUGCCUCCUCACCGUCUAACCAAGAAACAUGCUUCCCACAAGAACCCACCAGCCACAGCUGCCAUCUGGAGACCAUGCCAAACAGUCGUUUGCGCGCCUGGUGAUAUCAUGGCACCCACCACCGACACUCUCUCGCUGGAAAUCCUAGCCUCCAAAGAGAAAAAUAGACUACGGAAACCUAUGGUGGAAAAACUGCGCCGUGACCGCAUCAACAGCAGCAUCGAGCAACUGAAACUGCUGUUGGAGAAGGAAUUCCAGAAACAUCAGCCCAACUCCAAGCUUGAGAAAGCAGAUGUUCUAGAGAUGACCGUCAGCUACCUGAAAUACAGCCAAAGUGAGUACCAAAUGGCAUUGUCUCCUGAAACCAUGACCCAGGAUUAUAGCAAAGGUUAUUCCUCCUGCUUGAAGGAAACGCUUCAAUUCCUGGCUGUUCAUUCGGCAAACACUGAAACCCAGAUCAAACUCUUAAACCACUUCCAGAAGCCCUGGGCAGCAGCUGCCAAAGAGGUGCCCCCUCCUUCCGCCUCUUUUCCCGUUCAACAGAUGCCAGGACUGAGGCUAAACCAGAGCCUUUUGACUACAGCCAUGUAG